AUGAAGUCGUCGAGAUUUCUUCUGCUCCUGUUAGGAGUACUCCUUUUGAUUCCUUCGUCGGAACAGAUGGUUCAAUGCAGAUAUACAAAAAAUCUGACUAACAGAGCAGAUGGUGGCGAUGAGCAUUGUCUCUUCUACUACUUGCUCAAUCGAGAAUUCGAAGAUUCUGGAAGUGUACACACUCUCAGCACGUUUCCUCCAAAAUCCGAUGAAAUGAAGAUUACGAUCGAAAACGUACUCGUUAAAUAUGUAGAACUUGUAAAAGGAUCCAGCUAUCAAUUCAAUGUAUUUGGGGAUAUUUACUUGAACUGGAAAGAUGAACGUCUAAAGUGGGACAAAAAGGGCGAAUUUGAGAACUACGAUCACUUGUACAUCUUCAAUUCGAGUGCAAUUUGGGCACCUCAUGUUAUUGAUCAUACACUAUGUGCUGAUGGCGGAUGCUCCUAUUCUGUUGAUGACAUUGAUAUCUAUGACGAUGGAACAGUCUACGCUAGAAUCCAGUUCAAGUACCAAGCGAGUUGUGCAGUAGACUAUAGAAAAUUCCCCGAAGAAGAUGAUAGUUGCUGUAUCUUCUUCACUGCAUUUGAGCCCAACGUUUUGAAAACGAAAUUUGAAAUUGAAGGAAAAGCAAAAGAGAAACUAAAUAGACCUGUCUAUGCGCAAAAGGUUUAUGAAAAAGAAGAGAGAUUGAGUGAGGUUGCACAGGAACAUUCUCCAUGGGUAGUGGUUGAGAGAUCUAUAAGUGUGUCUCAUCUUGGAGGAUUGGAGACUUUGGAAGUUCUUCAAGUUUGUGUGAAAGCGGAAAAACAAAUGAGUACUGUAAGAGUUGCUCUUUUGUUCCCUGUUACAUUGGCGACUUAUGUUAUGCUGGCAUCUCCACUUUUCGGGGACCUUCGUACUCAAAUUUUCGUGAAACUUUUCACUCUUCACGUCCAAACCCUCUGCUUCCUUUACCUAUGCACCAUCACCCCAUUGAAUGGUUUCCUUGGAGUACGACCUAGAAUUUAUAUCUUCUAUGAAAUCGUAUUUACCAUCAGUUUCUGUAGUAUUCUGGUUACUCUGGUUGUAAUGGCUCUCAGUCGUGUCAAACGAAACGUCCCCCCAUCUCAUCGACUCUUCCUAUCUGCCAAAUUGAUUAAUCGCGUUGUCUGCUGCAUUGAACCAGAGAGAACCGAUGCUUAUCACCGAUUCGUCGAAGAGGAAACCAAUCCCGAGGCACGUCCGACAAGUGAGGUAAAUGAUUCGGUGAUUAGACGUGGUGCUGAGCUGGACUACACUCAAGACUGGCGUCACAUCUAUUUGGCUCUUAACAACAUGUUCUCGGCUCUCAUGUUCUCCGUCUUCCUCUUCAUGACCUUCUUGGAGUUUUUCUAA